CUUAAUAAAUUCAUCACCAAACAAAAAAAAUCAAACCAUGCACACUGCGAUCAGUCACGUACUAAGUGGCUCGCGUCGAUUCCCUUGCAACGCUGCAACAGGGCGGCGUGCCGGCGAGAGGAAACGUGUGUUCCGUUCGCCGCGUCCGGAGCCCGCGGCGCGAUGGCGGCCGCGGCAUCCACACGUACACCUCCCCACCGCCGCUUCUCUUUCGCGGACGCGUGUGGAGCUCGCCCGCCGAGCGGUCGCCGUCGCCCCAGAAUUUCUCUCGCGAUCCGAUCCGAUCAGACGCGGUAGAAUCCCAUCAGGCAGGCAAGCCGCGCGCCCCGGUAUAUUUAGACGCGCUCGACGCCGCGGCGCGCGCCUCAGUUUGAGCUGAGCUGAGCUGCGAGCUCUCUCUCUCUUUCUCUCGGCAGCUGGUUGCCACGCCUUGCCAUGGCGAUGGUGGUGGAGGAGCUCGACGAGUUCGAGGUGCUGUGGCCUGACACCGACGCCGCCGACGACGACGCGCCGCCGCCGGCGAUCUCGCCUGCGCCGCCGGUGCAGCCAUACGAGACACGCGCGCCCACGCCGCGCGUCAAGCACUCUCGGCCGGUGGACGUCCCCUGCAGGGGAGCGCGCUUACACCGGUGGAACUGGAGAUACGGUGGUGCCAGCAUGGAGGAGGACGGCCACGGCAGCGUCGUCGGGAAGGUGGUGAUCGUGCCGCCGCACCUGCUGCUGCUGUUCGGCGUGCGGCGGCCGGAGGAGGAGGAGGAGGAGGAGAUGGCGGCGGCGCCGUGCACGCUGCCGUCGUCGUUGGGGACGCGGCCGUGCAAGCGGGCGCGCGACCUGCGCCACCUGCGCAACUCGGUGCUGCGGAUGACCGGGUUCAUCGAAGGAUGAUGAUGCAUGCGCUGCUGCCAUUGAGGGUUAAGGACAGGUUAUGAAGUUGAAGCUGUAUAUGCAUCCAUGGAAGUACUGGAUUUGUAUCAUGAAUGAGGAAUUAAAAUGUAAGAAGAUGAUUUGGGAGCUCGAUUUGAAUUGGUCUCGUUGCUUUAAUUUUACUUGAACAAAUAAGUUCCGGGAAAUUUUGUCAUGCUUCAGUAUAUCAAAAGGGAUCAAACACUGAGGAUGCCGUGGAUUGUAAAUACCUAUCUUGCCGUGUGAAAAUUGUCAUUUAUCAAGUUGGGUU